AUGGAUGACAACGAUGAAUCUUCUUCUCAACAUCUUCUUUGUUUGUUUCCAUCUGAAUCAAGUAACAAGAAAAUAGAUGUAUCUCAAAUGGAUAAUACAAAACAACCGUUUGGUUCAAUCAAAGAUGAUGAUAAAAGUCAAGUUGCUGAUAUAAAUAAGAAAUCCACUCCAAAGAGAUCAAGACAAAGAAAUGAUGAUGAUGAUGAUGAUGAACAACAAGACGAUGAAACUAUAUCAUCUUAUUAUCAACAACAACAACAACAACAAGAUGAUGACCAAGAUGACUUAAAGAAAAGAAACAAAAAUGAUAACAAAUCAAAGAGUUCAUUUCAAACAUGUGCUGGUAAACCUAUUAGAAUAUCAAACGAUAAACUAUCAAAGGCAUUUGAAAUGAUAUCUGGUGGAAAUACAAUCAAUAACAACAACAAACAAGAUGAACAAGAGGAAAAAGAAAUUGAAAAGAUUCAACAAAUGUAUAAUGAUGUUUUAAACUAUUUGACGUUACCUUUUCAUAAAGAACAACCAUCUUCACCAAAAGAUAAAUAA